GAUUCCUUUGAUUAAAAUCUUAAAAUAUGAGAUACCCUCUUAGUUUGACUUAUUGUCCUCUCUGUACUCACCUAGAGAAAUAAGCUGGGCUUCUAGUUUUCCAAGAAAUGGAUACUUAUGGAGUAUCUGCAUCAUAGCCAUAGGGAUAGGGUUAUAUUCUAUUCUUAAUUUGAAUAGCAACUAAUUAAUUAGCACAACCAGUUUCUAGUUUUUAUAUCCACUACUUCUUUAGUUCAUGGCUUCUGCAACACAGUGUCCACCCUUUGAAUUCUCUGCAAAGUACUAUCAUUCUGAAAAUGGAGGUAGCUGUGUGAGGCAGACUAGUUUCUUUGAAGGCAAACCAGUCCUUAAUCAGGGUGUUGGCUACUCUGUCAUUCUUGGUUUUGGUGCUUUCUUUGCUGUUUUCACCUCUUUCUUGGUAUGGUUAGAGAAGAGAUAUGUUGGGUCUCGCCACACCUCGGAAUGGUUCAAUACUGCAGGAAGAAGUGUUAAGACAGGACUCAUUGCUAGUGUCAUUGUUUCACAGUGGACAUGGGCUGCUACAAUCUUGCAAAGCUCAAAUGUUGCUUGGGAAUAUGGGGUCAGUGGUCCUUUCUGGUAUGCUAGUGGAGCAACAAUCCAGGUAUUGUUGUUUGGAGUAAUGGCUAUAGAGAUUAAAAGAAAGGCUCCUCAUGCUCAUACAGUCUGCGAAAUUGUCAAAGCCCGUUGGGGCACUGCAGCACACAUUGUGUUCCUCUUUUUCUGCUUCUUGACAAAUAUAAUUGUAACGGCAAUGUUGCUCCUCGGUGGUUCGGCCGUUGUAAAUGCAUUAACUGGAGUGAACAUUUAUGCUGCAAGCUUCCUAAUACCCCUUGGAGUCAUUGUCUAUACACUAGCUGGUGGACUCAAAGCCACAUUCUUGGCAAGCUAUAUACAUUCUGUCAUAGUGCACAUUGUUUUGGUGAUUUUUGUCUACCUUGUCUAUACGGCGAGUAGUGAGCUUGGUAGCCCAAGUGUUGUUUACAGUCGCCUGCUCGAGGUUGCUAGCAAAUCAAGAACAUGUCAGGAUCCUAUAUCACACCAUGGACAAGCUUGUGGUCCUGUGAGUGGGAAUCACAGAGGAUCUUACCUAACAAUGUUGAGUUCAGGAGGCCUAGUUUUUGGGAUUAUAAACAUAGUUGGUAACUUUGGCACUGUCUUUGUUGACAAUGGGUAUUGGGUGAGUGCCAUUGCUGCAAGACCUUCAUCAACUCAUAAGGGCUACUUGUUAGGAGGCUUGGUGUGGUUUGCUGUGCCAUUUUCUUUGGCUACAUCAUUGGGUCUGGGGGCCUUGGCCCUUGAUUUACCAAUCAAUGAAAGCGAGGCAGGUCGUGGACUCGUUCCCCCUGCUACUGCUGUGGCUCUGAUGGGGAAAGGUGGAUCCAUUCUUCUCCUAACCAUGCUUUUUAUGGCAGUGACCUCUGCUGGUUCAUCAGAACUAAUAGCAGUAUCUUCAUUAUGCACAUAUGAUAUCUACCGUACCUACAUAAAUCCAAAUGCAGGUGGAAAGAAAAUCCUUAAAGUGUCAAGGUCUGUUGUUCUAGGAUUUGGUUGUUUCAUGGGGCUGCUCGCGGUUAUACUAAACAAAGCUGGAGUUUCCUUAGGAUGGAUGUACCUUGCAAUGGGAGUUCUUAUCGGAUCAGCGGUUCUUCCUAUCGCUUUCAUGCUUCUAUGGAGAAAAGCAAAUGCAAUUGGUGCCAUUCUUGGAACAAUAAUUGGCUGCAUUAUGGGAAUCAUCACAUGGAUUUCUGUUACAAAAGCAGAAUAUGGACACAUAAAUCUUGAUACAACUGGUAGGAAUGCUCCAAUGCUUGCUGGGAACCUUGUUUCUAUUCUGAUUGGAGGAGGUGUUCAUGGUGUUUGCAGCAUGCUUUGGCCUCAGAACUAUGAUUGGAGUAGCACUAAGCAAAUCACAGUGGUUGAAAAGGAAAAGACUGAAUUGCCAGCAGAAGAGUUUAAUGAAGAGAAGUUAGUAAGAGCAAAAUCAUGGAUAGUGAAGUGUGGAGUUGGUUUCACUGUUUUGAUAGUUAUACUUUGGCCUAUUCUCUCCCUACCAGCAGGAGAGUUUAGCAAAGGAUACUUCUACUACUGGGCAGUGAUUGCUAUAGGAUGGGGUACUAUUGGGUCUGCUGUGAUCAUUGUUUUACCAAUCAUGGAAAGUUGGGAAACCAUCCGAACUGUGAUUCUUGGAAUGUUCACAAAUGACAGGCUUAUGGAAAAGGUGGAAGAGUUGAAUCACAAGUUGCAGACAAUCAUCCAGGCAAUGCCGGAAGCCGAGAGACUUUACUUGCUUGAGAAGGAAAAGGCGAAAAGGUUAGAAGCAUCCGAGAAACAGGAUGAUUCCCUUCCGGCAUGAAAUGCUAAUGGAUCAGACUAAGUUUUUAAGUUUCUCUUGUUCUCUUCAUUCAUGAAUCAUGAUUGAUUUUCAAUAGAACACUACAUUUGUCAAGCUUUUUAGGUGCAUGUUCUUGUAGUGUGUAUACAUUAUUACAUUGUACACUACAUGAAACUCAAAGAUUUGAAAUGCUA